ACUUUCUAGGUAUUAUUUUAUUUAUACAAUGAUUUGAACUUUGAAGUGUUUGCACCAUCAAUAUUAAACUAUUGGAUGUGACUAAUAUAUAGAAAUUUGUUGGCCAACACAACUGAUAUCAUUGUUAACCACAGCGUCAUUGCACCUCGAUUCACUCUUGUCGGUGUUCAUUGUUCGUUUCUUUAUCUCUCAAAAGCUUAAAGAAGCUAUAAGUGAAAACUGAAAAUCAUCGUUUCUCUUCUUCGUUAUAUUCGUCCAAAAGCGUAUGUAAUGAAAAUUGGAAUAUCGUAUCCAUAUGUUUAAUAUCGGUGGUUUAUAUUUUGCAUUGAAAUACGAUAAUUAUAUWACAAUUUAACAUUUUAGUAGAGUGAUAAUGUUAUUUGAUAUGUAAAUGUAUAAUAUUUGUUUUAUAUAGGUACAUAUUUUUACACCAUCUCUAGACCGCUGAGCGCAUAAUACAAAAAAUUGUAUGGAUAACCGUGGUGACUAUCAUUUUGUGACUGCUUUACAAUUUGUAUUGUAACCAUACGUAGUGUAUCACAAUAACAUUUCACAUUUUCACAUGGUAAUAAUUGUUCAUACUGAUGUUUGGCUGUGUUUGAAACAUUCUAUAAUUUUAAUAUAAUAAUUGACAAUAAUUCAUAAUCAACUGAAAAUACAAUGUUUUCCUUGAGUUUAUUCAAUGAUAUACUUCGGCCAUUCAACACGACAUACAGAUGCUGGUCGGUGUCAAUGCUUCCUGGAAGUGAACGAGAAGAUGUUGAACGUGGUGGAAAAAUUAUAAUGCCCCCAUCUGCUCUGGAUAUAUUGACCCGGUUAAAUAUCAACUACCCGAUGUUGUUCAAGCUCACCAAUAACAGAACGAACAGACAAACACAUUGUGGUGUAUUAGAGUUCAUUGCAGAUGAAGAAAAAAUAUAUAUUCCUUAUUGGAUGAUGAAAAACCUAUUGCUAGAUGAAGGAGAUAUGGUGCAAAUUGAAAGCGUUUCAUUAGAAGUAGCCACCUUUUCAAAGUUCCAACCUCAAAAUUCUGAAUUCCUUGAUAUCACCAACCCAAAAGCUGUUUUAGAAAAUUGCUUGCGCAAUUUUGCUUGUCUGACUACUGGUGAUGUAAUAGCAAUAAAGUACAACCAAAAAAUUUAUGAAAUGUGUGUGCUAGAAACUAAACCGGGGAACGCUGUUAGUAUCAUUGAAUGCGAUAUGAAUGUUGAGUUUGCUGCACCAGUUGGUUAUGAGGAACCUACUCAGAUAAAAAAGCCUGCUGCAGAAGAAAUGAUGGUUGAUCCUGCUGAUUUAAUGCCAGAACCAACUGGAUUCAUCGCAUUCAAAGGUUCGGGCAAUCGAUUAGAUGGAAAAAAAAAGAAAGACAAUUCUGACGAUCAAACGAAUCAAUUUAAAGCAGCAUACCGAAGAGGUAUUCCAGAUUAUGAUUAUAACAUCGGAACUAUUCAGUUUAUAAGGAAUAUUCGCCCUGUGACUAAAGACAAAGARGGUGAAAAUCAAGAAGGAUUUAAGCCUUUUGCAGGUUCUGGAUCAAUACUCAAAACCAAAAAAAAAAAAUAACGUAAUAAUUAUCCUUUAAAGCAUGUACAAAUAUUUUUAACAUAAAAGUAAUUCAAUUUUAAAUAUUGUAUACAUUUUCAAGAUAAUUCUAUGUUUAAUUGUAAAAUGGUUUUAAUACGGUGAUGAUUCUCUAAUUAAAAAUAAAUAUUUUAUAAAUCCAA